CAACAACAGUACACUAUUAGGUCUGGUGUUUGAAAAAAGGAGAGAGUGUCUGUGUUUUUAUGGGAAACGGCUUGUUCCUCAUUGUAUCCUCUCAAUAAUGGCAACAGCUAAAUCAGGUGAUCUUUGUGUAGGCGUUGGGCCCAGCUCUGGAAGUAGUGGUGGAGGUACGACUGACCCAGAGGGCCUCUUUACUAAACAAGAGAAGAUAGGAUCUGGGAAUUUUGGAGAAGUUUUCAAAGGUGUGGAGAAUAGGUCUAAUCGUGUGGUGGCCAUCAAGAUAAUAGAUCUUGAGAAUGCAGACGAUGAGAUAGAAGACGUGCAGCAAGAGAUAACUGUACUCUCUCAGUGUGACUCGCUCUAUGUCACGCGAUAUUUUGGAUCAUAUUUGAAGGGUACAAAACUAUGGAUUGUAAUGGAAUAUUUAGGAGGUGGAUCUGCUCGUGAUCUAAUGCAGCCCGGUCCAUUAGAAGAGACGCAGAUUGCUACGAUACUCCGUGAGGUUCUUAAAGGACUUGAGUACCUUCACACGGAGAAGAAACUCCACAGAGACAUCAAAGCUGCUAACAUUCUACUCUCGGAUCGUGGCGAAGUUAAACUAGCUGAUUUUGGAGUCGCUGGCCAGCUAACUGACACAAUGAAGAAGUUCACAUUUGUUGGUACUCCAUUUUGGAUGGCACCAGAAGUCAUCAGGCAGUCGGCUUAUGACAUGAAGGCCGAUAUAUGGUCUCUGGGUAUUACAGCUAUAGAAUUGGCACGAGGGGAACCACCCAACUCAGACCUUCAUCCGAUGAGAGUUCUCUUUUUAAUACCGAAGAAUUCUCCGCCCGAGUUGACGGGAAACUUUUCAAAACCUUUCAAGGAGUUUGUGGCAACGUGUCUCAAUAAGGAUCCUUCACACAGACCAACUGCCCGUGAGUUGUUAAAGCACAGGUUUCUAAAGCAAGCGAGGAAGACGUCUUAUCUUGUCGACCUCAUCGAUAGAUAUAAAAGAUGGAAAGCAAACGGGGGAGAAGAUGGAACACCGACAAAAAGGAAAUCGGUUCAAUCGAUAGACAGUCAAGAAGAUAAUGACAGUGGCCUGGAUGACAUAUGGGAUUUCAGCGUAGACUCUCCAAGUGAUAAAACAGGAACUAUCAAAAGGGGCUCAACCUCUUCGACGGAUUCAUCUCCUUCCUCCUCUGAGAAUGCAUAUCCCCCGUCUACCAGUGAGCCAAUAUCGACUAGUCUAUCAAAGAUCAUAAUGCCAUUACUGGCCCAGUUUGAUGCACCAGUCGACGGCAACUGGCGUACCAGUGGACAGGAAGCAAUGGUCUCCAUUGCUGAGCUAAUGGCCGCCUUCCGCGAGGUUGAGGAAACAAGACCAGGAUUCUGUGACGAACUUGUUCAACGUUUCGUUUUAUUUGUUCGUUCGCGGUGUCCCACGACUAACAUACCUGCAUCAUCUUCUACCUCUCCCUCUCCUUCGUCUGAACCAGCUGGGGGCAGGUCACAGAGGAGGUCGCCAAACGUGUAAAUAUUAAUAUUUAUUAUCUUCUUAAGCUCAUCUUUUCUCUUUUUUGUUAAUUUUUUCCUUUUUAUUAUUAUUUUCAAUCAGUCAUCACUCCAUGAUACUUAUGUAUUUACUGGCUCUCUUUUACAUUUAAACUGGCAAAUUGUUAUCCUUCUUUGAUAUGAAAAUUAAAAAUGAA